AUGCCUCAAACUCGAUCUCAGGCACAGGCUGCAAUCAGUUUCCCAAAGAAGAAGCCACCUCGGACAUUGAAGAAAACUAAAAAUACUGGUGAUACCAAACUAGAGUCAACAAAUAUCCAAAGUGUACCCUGUUCUCCCCGUGUAAAAAUCCUGCCUCUCAGCCCCAGAAAACGUCUGGGUGAUGACAACCUAUGCAACACUCCCCAUUUACCUCCCUGUUCUCCACCAAAGCAAGGCAAGAAAGAGAAUGGUCCCCCUCGCUCACAUACGCCUAAGGGACGAAGAUUGAUAUUUGACAAUCAGCUGAACAAAUCUCCUAGCAAAAAGGAACAAGCCAGAGUUCACCAAAACAAAACGCUUUCCUCUGCUCAAAAAAGUCAGGAGACCACGACAAAUUCUGAGCUGGCAUGUCCACUGGAAAAAGAAUCUGCAUGUAUGAGACUAUUCAAGCAAGAAGGCACUUGCUAUCAACAAGCAAAGCUGGUCCUGAAUACAGCUGUUCCAGAUCGGCUGCCUGCCAGGGAAAAAGAGAUGAAUGUCAUCAGAAAUUUCCUGAGAGAACACAUCUGUGGGAAAAAAGCUGGAAGUCUUUACCUUUCUGGUGCUCCUGGAACUGGAAAAACUGCCUGCUUAAGCCGAAUUCUCCAAGACCUCAAGAAGGAACUGAAAGGCUUUAAAACCAUCAUGCUGAAUUGCAUGUCCUUGAGGAGUGCCCAGGCUGUAUUCCCAGCUAUUGCUCAGGAGAUUUGUCAGGAAGAAGCAUCCAGGCCAGCUGGGAAGGACAUGAUGAGGAAAUUGGAAAAACAUAUGACUGCAGAGAAAGGCCCUAUGAUUGUGUUGGUAUUGGACGAGAUGGAUCAACUGGACAGCAAAGGGCAGGAUGUGUUGUACACACUGUUCGAAUGGCCAUGGCUGAGCAAUUCUCGAUUGGUGCUGAUUGGUAUUGCUAAUACCCUGGAUCUCACAGACAGAAUUCUGCCUCGGCUUCAAGCUAGAGAAAAAUAUAAGCCACAGCUGUUGAACUUCCCACCUUAUACCAGAAAUCAGAUAGCCACUAUUUUGCAAGAUCGACUUAAUCAGGUGUCUAGAGAUCAGGUUCUGGACAGUGCUGCAAUUCAGUUCUGUGCCCGCAAAGUCUCUGCCGUUUCAGGAGAUGUUCGUAAAGCACUAGAUGUUUGCAGGAGAGCUAUUGAAAUUGUAGAGUCAGAUGUCAAAAGCCAAACUAUCCUCAAACCACUGUCUGAAUGUAAAUCACUCUCUGAGUCUUUGAUUCCCAAGCGGGUUGGUCUUACUCACAUAUCCCAAGUAAUUUCACAAGUUGAUGGUAACAGGAUGACCUUGAGCCAAGAAGGAGCACAAGAUUCCUUCCCUCUUCAGCAGAAGAUCUUGGUCUGCUCUUUGCUGCUCUUAACCAGGCAGUUGAAGAUCAAAGAGGUCACUCUGGGGAAGUUAUAUGAAGCCUAUUGUAAAGUCUGUCGCAAACAGCAGGUGGCUACUGUGGACCAGUCAGAAUGUUUGUCACUUUCAGGGCUCUUGGAGGCCAGGGGCAUCAUAGGAUUAAAGAAGAACAAGGAAACCCGCUUCACAAAGGUGUCUUUGAAGAUUGAAGAGAAGGAAAUAGAGCAUGCUUUGAAAGACAAAGCUUUAAUUGGAAAUAUUUUAGCUACUGGAUUGCCUUAAAUUCUUUUCUUAUGCCCCACCCAAAAGUAUUCAGCUGGCAUUCAGAGAGCUAUGGAGUCUUCAUUUUAGUGCUUUAUAUGUUCAGGUCUGAAAACAAAUAUGAUCUUUUUACUUGAAACCAGUGAGUUUUAAUCUGUAGAUUCUUUGAUAUUAACACAGAAUAUAUCAUGGGUCUUAUUAUUUUUACCCAUAAAAGAGAUUAAGUAGACUCUUUUUAAUUACAUUCACAACUUCUACCACUUGGGUCUCUCCAACCAGUGUGCAUGAAGUAUACAGAUUUGUGUUGUGGAAUGUGUACAUAUAUACCUCUUAGUUUUCUCAAACAUAGUAUAUUUU